AUGGCUGUCGGCGCGAGACCACAGCGCGCUCCCGACGACGGUCGCACGGCAAAACAGGUCUCCGGGACCGUCCAACGCCCGUAUCGCUCCCUGAUUGCGGCUUUUUGUUCCUGGAAGGCCGUCCUCCUGCUCAUUGCUGCCGUCACCAGUUAUGGCAGUUUGGCCUACGACACGUCGGCCAGCCUGGCCAGUGCCAACCAUCAAGGUGCAAACGGCCACGAUCUCGCCACCCGGCUGUCCAGCUGGGAUGCCGUCUACUUUGUCCAGACUGCCCGCCGCGGCUACUCCUUUGAGCAGGAGUGGGCUUUUGGCAGCGGUUUGCCCCUGCUCGUCUCCUUGUUGCACAAAGGCUUUGCCUCACUUGGCGUCACCUCCAAUAUAUCCGUGCCCAUCCUGGCCAUUGCUGUCUCCCAUGUCGCCCACCUGCUGUCCGUCUUGGUGCUGUACAAGCUGGGCAGACUAAUCUGGCUUGGUGAUGCCGGCCGGAGAGCUGCUUUUAUCGCCGCCUGCCUGCACAUCUUGUCGCCCGCCGGCCUCUUUCUGUCUGCACCGUACGCCGAGAGCUCCUUUUCUUUCCUCUCGUUUGCCGGCCAUCUCAUCUAUGCCACCGGGUGUCUGCGCGACCAGACAGACGCUCUGCCCUCGUUUGGUGGCGAUGUCUUCCGCUUGCUUGCAGGGUUGACGUAUGGACUGGCUAGCAUCUUCCGCACUAACGGCCUGCUGAACGGCGUGCCGUUUGCCUACGAGGCCGUGAUGGGGACCGUCGGCAUGACACGCCGGCCCAGCUGGCAGCUGUUUCGACGGCUGUGCUUUCUCGGAGCUGGCGGUUUGGCAGUGGCAGCGGGCUCUAUCAUCCCUCAGACGGUGGCAUACCUCCAGUAUUGCUCCGAGCCUUCCGGAAUCCCAGGCGAGCAUCUACGCCCGUGGUGCUUACGCACGGUCCCCAGCAUUUACGGGUUCGUGCAGGGGCAUUAUUGGAAUACCGGGCUGUUCAAAUACUGGACCGUCUCGAACAUUCCACUGUUCCUUCUUGCCGCUCCUAUGCUGUCCAUAUUGACCUUGUCAGCCAAGGACAUCUGGUCCGACACAGACGGCCCACGGUCCGCACCGGUUGAAAUGAAACGUCCUGACUUUGACGGGCUUCCUGACGGCGGUGACGUCCAGCCCAAGCUCAUCCAGAUGGUCCGUUGCCUCGCAGUGGCCCAGUUGUUUCUGGCGGGACUUGCUUUUACUAGCUACCACGUCCAACCCAUCACGCGUCUGUGCUCUGGAUAUCCAGUGUGGUAUUGGUGGUUGGCGCGAAACCUCGUUGGGGGCACGCAGGCGCAAGAGGGCUUAGCCGUCAAAAUUGUGUGCUUCAUGAUCAUGACAAAAAACACAGGCCAGCCAGACCACACUCGAUUCUUCAUGUUGAAAUCCUUCAACGAAGGCAAUGUUCGCCGGGCAAUGGCCGAUGGUGUCUGGACUACGCAGCUUAAGAACGAAGAACUUUUGGUAACCGCCUUCAAGAAGUGCCGAAAUGUCGUCUUCUUCUUUUCUGUCAAUAAGUCACGGGCAUUCCAGGGCUAUGCGCGCAUGGAAUCGCUACCGUCUGCCAGUAUAGUCAAGCCAAGCUGGAUGGACAACAUCCACUGGCAGACGACGGAACCAUUUCGUAUCGCUUGGUACAACACGACCACUACAGACUAUCGCCAUGUUGCUCAUCUUGAAAACGAUCUAAACGAGCACCGUUCAGUUAUUAUCGGCAAGGACGGCCAGGAGAUCGACGAUGAGUGCGGACGUCGCCUCAUGGAGGAAUUGGACGUCACGGCAGACGGCGAGGCAGCUGGCAGUGCAGCUGGCCGUGACCGGCCAGAUCGCUUUCGGACGAGUCCGAGUCUAGCCAGUCGAGUGACGAGUGGCCGGCCGUAA